AUGAAACAGUCGCAUAAUUAUUCCGAGGGUCAUAAAAAAGAUUCGCUAAAUCGUAAUGAAUAGUAAUUUCUUUAAGCUUAUGAAAGGAAGGAGCUUAUGGAUCUUUAUAUGUACAAUUCUGAUGCUCAGUGCCUUAUUUUCAACAUGCGUUAUAGCCAAACCAGCUGGAGAUUCAAUUUCCGAAGCACAAGUAGUCCAGCUAGUAGAAGAUUCUUCCAAUCCCAAAACGGUUUCAGAGAUAGCAGUCACUACUGAAAGCAUUUCCCUAACGACGGAAUCCACAGUUACCACAGAAGCAGUCGCGAGUAGUGAGAACGAUUUGGAUAACAAUGAAAUCACAAAUACGGAUGCCAAAAAUGAGUUCCUCAAAUCCUAUGCCACCAAGAUGUUGAGCUAUAUGAAUCUUACUGUGAAGCCAUGUGAUGAUUUCUAUGAGUACGCAUGUGGCAACUGGAAAAAUGUGAAACCGGAAAGGCAAACCGAAAAUAAACGUAGCAAUUUAUUUGAUAACGUUUACACUCUGGCUGAUAUUAGUGAACAGUUGCUGCUAUCAGAGACACAGCUUGCAACCGACCUGGGCUAUGGAAAUGAGAUGAAGAUUGCACAACAAUUUUAUAACGCGUGCUUGAAUGCUAAGCUCUAUCCACUUCCAGCAGCUGAUCCCGCCUAUCUGAAGCUUAUCAGGUCGAUUGGCGGAUUUCCCGCUUUAGACGGGGAAGCAUGGCAAGCCUCGAAUUUCAGUUGGUUUAACAUGAGUGCACAUUUGACGAGCUAUGGUGGCAUUGGUCUCAUCUAUGAAAAGAUUACUGCGAAAUACCCAUUUGAACCGUACUUCAAGCUGCCCGAGCUGGGUUUCGACUUUAUAGUUCACAGCGACAACAUCGCCACCAAUGACACCAGAGGAUACAAGCGCAACGAGAAGCGCAUGCACGAAUAUCUGACGGCCAAUGGAUUAUCGGAGGAAAAGACAGCCGAUGUGAUAGCCGGGGUGUUUGCGUUUUGGCGUGAAGCACUGCAGGUUGCCGAUCGUCUUACAGAAAAUGAGGCUGAACGUGAAAGACUCACCGAUACCGACGAUUUGGAUUUGUUUCCGGGUUGGAAAGAUUACUAUGAUAUCGUCUGGGGAGGAAUGGAGCAUUUCGGUGUUUAUCCACCUGAACACUUCAGCGACUUCUAUUACCAUGAGCUGAAUAAAGUGUGCAACAAGCACAAAGAAGCCGUUGCCAAUUAUCUGGCCAUGAAGCUGCUGUUUACUAUGGAUUCCAAACUGAAAUCAACCAAAUUCCAGCGCGAAAGUUGUCUACUGGAAGUGCAGUCUUCAGUGCCGUAUCUGUUGGAUAAACUUUACUAUACGAAAUAUUUUACCAAAGAAACCCAAUCGGAUAUCUUAGAGAUAAUGAAGGAAUUGCGUGAGUUUCUACAUGAAGUCCUCAAUAAUGCAACCUGGAUCGAUGAAGAGACUCGCAAGGAGGCAUUGUUAAAAGAGUCAAAAAUAACAACACGUAUAGGUUCGUUUAAGGAUGAGCACCUAACGCAACUUCUCAUACGCGAAAUGAACAACCUUACCUUUGUGCCAGACAGUUACACACAAAGCAUCAUCAAUUUAAGGAAAUUCCGCAGAUAUAUGAAGCGCUACAAUUCUAUACAUCACAAGCAGCUGUCAAACGAAACAAAACCGUUGGAAAUGUUGCUGGGUAUGCAAGUGAAUGCAUUCUAUUAUCACGUAGACAAUUCGAUUAAUGUAAUGUCCGGGGUGCUACAUCCGCCAGCCUAUCAUCAUGAUUGGCCCAAUUCGCUAAAGUAUGGUACAUUCGGUUAUUUGGUUGGUCACGAACUGUCUCAUGGUUUCAAUAGUGUUGGCUCCGUCUUUGAUAGCAAAGGCGAAGUACGAAGUUGGUUUGAGGAGUUCGAUAAUCGCCGUCAAUGUUUUGUAGAUCAAUACAGCAAAUAUCACGUGCCUCAGAUCAAUCGUACUAUCGAUGGUGAUAAUACGAAGAAUGAGAAUAUGGCCGAUAUUGGUGGACUAUAUGAGGCAAUAAAUGCCUAUCGUCUUCACACGAAACAUCAGAAGCAGCUCCAUAAACGAGAUGUGUCUUACGACAUGACUAAUGAACCAAUGCCCGGCAUGGACUUGUCACCAGAGCAGCUCUUCUUUUUGGGCUUUGCCCAGGUUUGGUGCUCCGAUUACAAGGAGGAGCACUAUUGGGAGGAACUGACUGACGUGCAUCCGGUUGAUAAGUUCCGUGUGAUUGGCGCUGUGAGCAACAGCGAGGACUUCGCCAAGGCAUACAACUGUCCAGUCGGUAGCCCAAUGAAUCCCAAUACAAAAUGUCAUAUUUGGUAAAUGUGUUUCGGUAAAAUAAACUCAUAAUUCUUUAACUUUUUAAA